ACAAGUUCAAACAGGUAGUUGUGUAACAUUAUCCCAACUUCCUCCAUUUAUUGCAAUUUGAGAGAGAGAGAGAGGUGUCAUUACAUCAUAUUUGCUACUCUCUCCCAAGAUAACAGUCAAGCAACUAAGUUUAGCACUUCAGCCUUAAAUGACUCACCUAACCAUUCACUCCACAUAAACAACCUAUUUCCUUCAAGCUCUUCAAAAUCACAUUCACAAAACUUUUCCCACCUCUCUUCUUUAACACACACACACACACACACACAGAUUGACAUAAUCCAAGUGAGAGCCUCUCCCCUCCCAUUUUGCUGCCCAAAAAUGAGCUUCCAAGGUCCAAUUCCCGGCAACGGUGACACUUCAAAUGAUGAAAAGAAUAAAGAAGGAGAAGAAGCAGCCAAGAAAGCUCACAAAGUCCCACUUCUCAAACUCUUUGCAUUUGCAGAUGCUUAUGACUACUUUCUAAUGUUUGUUGGAUCCAUUGGUGCUUGUAUUCAUGGCGCUUCGGUCCCUGUAUUCUUUAUUUUCUUCGGAAAAUUAAUAAACAUCAUCGGCAUGGCUUAUCUCUUUCCCAAAGAAGCUUCUCAUAAAGUUGCCAAGUAUUCAUUGGAUUUUGUGUAUCUCAGUGUGGCUAUAUUAUUUUCAUCAUGGACUGAGGUGGCUUGUUGGAUGCAUACUGGAGAAAGGCAAGCAGCAAAAAUGAGGAUGACAUAUCUGAGGUCUAUGUUGAAUCAAGACAUUAGUCUCUUUGACACUGAAGCUUCCACAGGGGAAGUGAUUUCAGCAAUUACUAGUGACAUUCUUGUUGUUCAAGAUGCCAUCUCUGAGAAGGUGGGGAACUUCAUGCACUACAUUAGCCGAUUCAUAGCUGGAUUUACAAUUGGGUUCAUAAGGGUGUGGCAGAUCAGUCUUGUGACAUUGUCUAUUGUACCCUUGAUUGCCAUUGCUGGUGGUGUCUACGCUUAUAUAGCUACUGGACUUAUUGCCAGGGUCCGAAAAUCCUAUGUCAAGGCUGGAGAAAUAGCCGAAGAGGUGAUCGGAAACGUUAGAACUGUCCAAGCAUUUGCAGGGGAGGAGAAGGCAGUAAAGUCAUAUAGCAAUGCACUCUUGAACACUUACAAAUAUGGGAGGAAAGCAGGGCUAGCCAAGGGUUUGGGGCUAGGCACCUUGCACUGUGUCCUUUUCCUUUCGUGGUCGUUGCUUGUUUGGUUCACUAGCAUUGUUGUUCACAAGCACAUUGCCAAUGGAGGAGAGUCUUUCACCACCAUGCUCAAUGUUGUUAUCGCUGGCCUGUCACUAGGACAGGCUGCACCAGACAUCUCCGCUUUCAUCCGAGCAAAAGCAUCUGCUUAUCCUAUAUUCGAGAUGAUUGAGAGGAAUACAGUUAACAAAACCAGCUCAAAAAACGUCAGGAAGCUAGACAAACUGGAUGGGAACAUCCGAUUCAAGGAUGUGUGUUUCAGCUACCCAUCCCGUCCCGAUGUGAUGAUCUUCAAUAAGUUCAAUCUUGAUAUCCCUGCAGGGAAGAUUGUAGCCCUUGUGGGAGGAAGUGGUUCUGGCAAGAGCACAGUUAUAUCUUUGAUCGAGCGCUUCUAUGAGCCCCUAGCUGGACAGAUACUAUUAGAUGGGACUGAUAUCAGGGAGCUUGACCUCAAGUGGCUCAGGCAACAAAUUGGUUUGGUUAAUCAAGAGCCAGCCCUUUUCGCUACAACCAUCAGGGAGAACAUUCUAUAUGGGAAAGAUGAUGCUACCCUCGAAGAAAUCUCACGAGCUGCAAAACUUUCAGAGGCAAUAGCUUUCAUUAACAACCUUCCUGAAAGAUUUGAAACUCAGGUCGGUGAGAGAGGGAUACAAUUAUCCGGUGGACAGAAGCAAAGAAUUGCAAUAUCGCGUGCAAUAGUGAAGAAUCCUUCAAUUCUUCUGCUGGAUGAAGCUACAAGUGCACUUGAUGCCGAGUCUGAGAAGAGUGUGCAGGAGGCACUUGACCGUGUGAUGGUGGGACGGACAACCAUAGUUGUGGCCCAUCGGCUUUCCACCAUUAGAAAUGCAGACCUGAUAGCUGUUGUUCAAAAUGGGAAAAUAGUGGAAACAGGGAGCCAUGAGGAGCUCAUUUCAAAACCAAAUAGUGCUUAUGCAUCGCUCGUGCAACUUCAAGAGACAGCUUCCUUGCAUCGCGCCUCCUCACGAGGGCCUACCAUGGGACGGGGACUCAGCAUCAAGUAUUCACGCGAAUUAUCCCGAACAACAACAAGCUUUGGUGCAAGUUUUCGUUCUGAUAAGGAAUCUGUCAGCAGAAUUGGUGCUGAUGCUGCAGACAGUCUUAAGUCAAAACAUGUUUCCGCCAGGAGAUUGUAUUCCAUGGUGGGUCCUGACUGGAAUUAUGGGGUUUUUGGCACCAUUUGUGCACUUAUAGCUGGAGCCCAGAUGCCUCUUUUCGCUCUUGGAGUCACUCAGGCUCUUGUUUCUUAUUACAUGGACUGGGAAACAACACAACGUGAAGUCAAGAAGAUCGCAUUCCUCUUCUGUGGGGGAGCUGCUAUAACUGUCGUUGUUCAUGCCAUCACACAUCUUUCUUUUGGAGUCAUGGGAGAGCGGCUUACUCUUCGUGUGCGUGAAAUGAUGUUUUCUGCCAUUUUGCGAAAUGAAAUUGGGUGGUUUGAUGACACAACCAACACGAGUUCCAUGCUUGCAUCCCGUUUAGAGAGUGAUGCAACAUUAUUGAGAACUGUUGUCGUUGAUCGUGCUACAAUUCUCAUACAGAAUUUUGGUCUGGUCACCACCUCAUUUAUCAUUGCCUUUAUCUUGAACUGGAGGCUCACGCUCGUUGUCAUGGCCACAUAUCCAUUGAUCAUCAGCGGUCACAUUAGUGAGAAACUCUUUAUGAAGGGCUAUGGCGGCAACUUGAGCAAAGCCUAUCUCAAAGCUAACAUGCUUGCCGGUGAGGCUGUGAGUAACAUGCGCACUGUUGCAGCAUUCUGCGCUGAGGAAAAAAUACUCGACCUUUAUGCUCGUGAACUUGUUGAGCCUUCAAGACGUUCAUUUACUCGUGGUCAGAUUGCCGGCAUAUUCUAUGGAGUCUCCCAAUUCUUCAUCUUCUCAUCCUAUGGCCUAGCCUUAUGGUAUGGUUCUGUUCUGAUGGGGAAGGGGCUUUGUGGCUUUAAAUCUGUCAUGAAAUCGUUUAUGGUUCUAAUUGUAACGGCAUUAGCCAUGGGCGAGACUUUGGCAAUGGCACCAGACAUUCUAAAAGGGAACCAAAUGGUUGCAUCAGUCUUUGAAGUGAUGGACAGGAAGACAGAAAUCACUGGUGAUGUUGGGGAAGAGCUAAAUUCGGUGGAGGGUACAAUCGAGCUCAGGGGUGUUGAGUUUAGCUACCCUUCAAGGCCAGAUGUAGUGAUCUUUAAGGACUUUAACGUAAGAGUGCGUGCAGGGAAAAGUAUGGCAUUAGUGGGACAAAGUGGUUCCGGUAAGAGCUCUGUGCUCUCUCUCAUUCUCCGAUUUUAUGAUCCAACAGAAGGGAAAGUGAUGAUCGAUGGGAAAGACAUCAAGAGGCUUAAGAUCAAAUCUCUCCGGAAACACAUUGGUCUAGUCCAACAAGAGCCUGCUCUCUUCGCUACUUCAAUCUACGAAAACAUCCUCUAUGGAAAAGAGGGAGCCUCGGAAGCAGAAGUAAUCGAAGCAGCUAAGCUAGCUAACGCGCACAGCUUCAUCAGUGCCCUUCCCGAGGGCUACUCAACCAAAGUUGGAGAGCGAGGGGUGCAACUGUCCGGUGGCCAGAAGCAACGAGUAGCCAUUGCCCGAGCUGUUCUAAAGAAUCCGGCAAUCCUGCUGCUGGAUGAGGCCACUAGUGCUCUGGAUGUGGAAUCAGAGCGAGUGGUGCAGCAAGCUUUAGACAGGUUGAUGAAGAACCGAACAACGAUCAUGGUGGCGCAUAGGCUGUCCACAAUCAAAAAUGCAGACCAGAUAUCAGUGAUACAAGAUGGGAAAAUAAUAGAGCAAGGGACUCACUCUACUCUUGUAGAGAACCGGGAUGGAGCAUACUUCAAGUUAAUCAACUUACAACAACAGCAACAGCAACAACAUUAAAACUAACAACAAAGACAAUUAUGCAAGGCUGCUUUCGUUAAUAGAUAUCUUAUCUUACAUUAGUUUUUUUUUUUUUUUUUUUUUCAUGUUCGCGAUUUAUCGUCAUAAUGCAAGUUGUAUUUUCAGUGAUUCGUUUUCGUUCUCGAAAGAAUAAUAAGUAUACAUGUUGGGAAAUGAUUUACUAUAGAACUUGCAUUCAGCA